CGGAAUUAGCCGCCUGGAGCCAAACUCGGCAGAUGUGAGGGAGGGGCGCGAUUGCAGCCCCUCUCCCUUUACCAGCGGCGCCCCUCUUCUGGGAGAGAACAAUACAUCCACUUGGGAGAGGCGAGAGGGAGGGCGUCCUCGGGGUCCCACGCUGACACACGCUGACCCCGGGAACGGGAGAGGCGCUCCGCUCGCACCAGCCGCCCCCCCCCCCUCCUCCCGGGCUUCAGCACUUGGACAGCUCCUGGCCGCCUUCCCAUGCACGCCGGCGCGUCCUCCUGGCUAUGAUGCAGACGGCGGCUUCGGUCCAGGAGAGAGCCGCCAUGCUGCAUCAGAAGCAGCUCUUUGAGAAGUUCUGGAAGGGAACCUUCAAGGCGGUUGCCAUGCCCAGGCCGGAGAGCGUCAUCGCGGCCAGCAUCACGGCGCGCAGCAGGCUGACCCGUCCAGAGGCGGAGGCCGACCAAACGCCGAGCGACCGUCGGACAGACUACGCGGCGGCCGAUUCCAAGCUAGGCGACGUUGCCGACGGCGCCCGUAAGAAGCGUACAGCUGCAGACCAUUUUGUGGCCCCGACUGACGGGAAAAAGGGCCAUCGCCAUCGUCGCCAUCAUCGCCACCUUCGCCACCGCCUUCGCCACCACCGGGCCAGGAGCACCUCCUUUGGCGAGGACCUGUCACUGCCGCCCAAAGGCAAGAAGAAGAAAAAGAAGAAGAAGAAAAAGAAAAAGAAGACGAAGAGCAAGUCAGAGCGCAAAAGGCUGACCAGCAGGUCGCCUUCUUGCAGCCCCUCUCCGCUGAGGAAGAAGAGAAAGAAGAAGAUGAAGAAGAAGAAGAAAAGUUCCAAGAAAAGCAAGCGGCACAGAUAUACCUCCAAAAAGUCCAAACACAGCGGCUCGUCGCGUUUCAAACGAUCGCCAAAGGACGGCCGCAAACGGAAGCGAAGCUCUCGGAGCGGCUGGCGGGGGAAACGCCGCCGCGGCAGCUCGGCGUCAGACCGCCCGUCGUCAUCGGCGGAGGACAGACCUUCUGCAUACAAAAAGCAAUGCAGUCCCACGUCAGAGGCCAAGUGGACCAACGGCGGCAGCGUCUCCAAAUCAGUAAAAACAGCCUCCGUCCUCUCUGCCGCCUGCACAUUCUUCUCAAAGCCUUCCCGAGGACAAGUGUCCGGCCAGGAUGAGCGGUCGCACGACUGUGACUCCGGUAACGACACCUCAUCGCCACCGUCCUGUGAGACGGGCGUGGCCGACAAGAGUGAGGCGCGGCGGCGGCGUGCUUUGCCGUCGCCGGCCAAGCAGCCAUUCGCCGACAGGGACGAUGACGUCUCUGACUCUGGGAAUUCGGUGACCAGCUACGCUUCCUUGUGCAAAGUCGGCGGGGAAGACGGCUUGAGCGCCGCUCUCCUCAAGAGAGAGCACGAGGCUUUGGGAUGUCGAUUCGACACGGUGAGAUCGCCACGGAUGUCUUCCAGGGGACGAUCGAGCCCCGAGUGGCAUCGCCGGCGCGGGAGGAGCAUGUCCUCGGGAAGUUCCAGAUACUCCGGACGGCGGCUUCCAAGCUCGUCGCUGUCAUCUGCCAGCUCCUACUCGCGUUCGCCGAGCUAUUCGCUGGAUCUUAGGCAGCGGCGGGGCAGCUUGAGCAGCGUCAGCUCUAGAGGAAGCUACUUCAGACAUCGCAGAUCGCGAUCCAGAAAGCGAGCGUCGAGCUCUCGAGAGACGGACGGCGACCGCAAGAUCAGCAGGAAGAGACGAAGACGCAAGUCCUACUCCCCCGUGAGGAAGAGGAGGAGGGACUCGCCCAGCCACCUGGAAGCCAGACGGAUCACCAGCGCCCGCAAGAGGCCCGUCCCGUACUUUCGCCGCAGCCCUUCGUCCUGCAGCAGCCUCAGCGCCCCGUCACCCAGAAGCCUGUUCCACCUUUGCCGCCGUAGCGUGUCCUCCUCCUCCUCCUCCUCCUCUUCCUCCUCUUUGGCCUGCAAGAGCAACAGUCGCAGCUCCUCGUGGAGCUUUGAGGCGCGCCAGCGCAGUACCAGCAGGUAUUAGCUGUCCCUCAACAAAUCAGUCGAAACAAUUUGCACCCAGAGACUAUUUCGACGGCAAUUCCGCCUUGUUGCUGCUGUUUGGUUUUCAUUGUAAACACAUUUCAACGCUCGGUUUUCGGUCCUCUUCAGGGGUGUGUUAUGUUGUGUGUUGUGAUGUCGCUUUGAAACGGUUGAGGAUGUUUUGAAGACGGCAGCUCAAAUUCCGUCUCAGUGCUAAAGCAUGCGAGUUGGCGGACUUGGUUGACCUUGUCCGGGCUACAGCAACAUCCCGACUGAUUUUGAUUGCAUGAUGUCGGCCGUUGUGAGGACCCAGCUGCUUUGAUUUGCUGAUUGCAAGUCUGCGUUUGACCUUUGAGGGACUGCUGCGAGGCAGGAUAGCAAGGUCCCGAGCAGCAGUGCCUCAGCCACCACAUCCGUGCUAAAAUGUUUCCAAAUCUUCUGAAAUCCAACAAUUUUGGGG